CCUGCCCUGUCCCUCAUGUAGGCUUGCCCGCGAGUGCGCAUGCGCGUGAGCUCCCUGCCCGGUAGUGCCAUGGCGGAGUCCCCAGUCGCGAAGAGAAAGCGUGAGGAGAACGACGGGGACGCCGCCGCUCCUCCAGGGAGUGAAGCCGUGGCUGGCGACUUCUCUUUAGCGGAACUUUCCGUGUGCAAAGUGCUGAGAGACUCUGCGCGGGAGAAGGCCAUCUUCCUUCACGGGAAGGUGAAAAGUGCUUCUGGAAAUGGGAAAGAUGCUGUAGUCAUUUUGGAAAAGACUCCCUUCCAGGAGGAGAAUAUUACUAAGCUUCUAAAGAAAUACACCAAGCUCCAGCUCCAGAUGUCUAAUGACAUCUACAGCACAUACCACCUUUACCUUCCUCCAGAGUUGAAUGAGAUAAAAACAACGGUGGUGUACCCAGCAUCAGAGAAACACAUCCAGAAAUACUUGCAUCAGGAAGUGUAUCUUAUCCAGGAGUCUGGGGAGGAUUACACAAACAUUACUCUGCCUUUUAUCGAAGCACAGAGUUUCAGUAUCCAGUGGGUAUACAACAUUUUAGAGAAGAAGGCUGAAGCUGAUCGAAUAAUCUACGAAAACCCGGAUCCAAUCAAUGGUUUUAUCCUCAUUCCUGAUUUUAAAUGGAACCAAAAACAGCUUGAUGAUUUGUACUUGAUUGCCAUCUGCCACUGCCGAGGAAUCAAGUCACUGCGGGACCUUACGGCUGAGCAUCUGCCUUUGCUUCAGAACAUUUUGCAAGAAGGGAAGGAGGCCAUAGAGAAGCGCUUUAACAUCUCUGGGUCUCAACUACGGAUCUACCUCCAUUACCGCCCAUCCUACUACCAUCUCCACGUCCAUUUCACCGCCUUGGGCUAUGAUGCACCAGGGUGCUCUGUGGAGCGGGCCCACCUCCUCUCGGAUGUGAUUGCGAACCUGGAGGGGGAUUCACAUUACUAUCAGAAGCGGACCAUAACCUUUGCCCUGCGAGCUGAUGAACCCCUGCUGAAGAAAUUCCAGGAAGCAGGUCGAGUCUAAACUCUUUCAGGACAGCUAACUAUACGUUGUGUACGUUUUCUAGGUAUCAUUUUGUAUUUCAAAUCUUGCUUAUGGUUUUGUAUAAUUGAAGUUAUUUUUCCAUUCCUGUUGCUUCUGAAACAAUUUUUUUCAUUAUUCAUACCAAUAAAAGGCAGUGUUCUGGA